CGACCUGGUCGCGUACCCAGCUGCCACCGCCUCAGCCUGCGGGUCUGAGCGGCCUAAACGGGCGGUGCCGGUGCCGCCGGGAGCGCGAUGCCUUGAGUUUGGGAAACUAUGUGAAGCAACACUCUUUGUGGAUUUUGAAAAAUAUCAUUUCAUCAUGGGACAGCAAAUUUCGGAUCAGACGCAGUUGGUUAUUAACAAGUUACCAGAAAAAGUAGUAAAACAUGUCACAUUGGUUCGAGAAAGUGGCUCUUUAACUUAUGAAGAAUUUCUUGGAAGAGUAGCUGAACUUAAUGAUGUAACUGCAAAAGUGGCUUCUGGUCAGGAAAAACAUCUUCUCUUUGAAGUACAACCUGGGUCUGAUUCCUCUGCAUUUUGGAAAGUGGUUGUACGAGUUGUCUGUACCAAGAUUAACAAAAGCAGUGGCAUUGUGGAAGCAUCACGGAUCAUGAAUUUGUACCAAUUUAUUCAACUGUAUAAAGAUAUCACAAGUCAAGCAGCAGGAGUGUUGGCACAGAGCUCCACCUCUGAGGAACCUGAUGACAGCUCAUCCUCUGUAACAUCUUGUCAGGCUAGUCUUUGGAUGGGAAGGUACACGAUGCAUAAUCACCAGUUUUCACAUUGCAGGGUGAAGCAGCUGACUGAUGAGGAGGAGUGUUGUAUCUGCAUGGAUGGACGAGUUGACCUCAUCCUGCCUUGUGCUCACAGCUUCUGUCAGAAAUGUAUUGAUAAAUGGAGUGAUCGACACAGGAAUUGCCCCAUUUGUCGCCUACAAAUGACUGGAGCAAAUGAAUCUUGGGUGGUGUCAGAUGCACCCACUGAGGAUGAUAUGGCUAAUUAUAUUCUUAACAUGGCUGACGAGGCAGGCCAGCCGCACAGGCCGUGACCUUGGAGUGAAGACAUUCUGUUUCUGUUGUGGGCUACAAAUACUUUGGUCAUGGGGACAGAAUGCAGGGAUAUUGGGCACGAUAAAGAAAAAUUAACUUUCUCCUCCCUCUUAUUUUUGCUAUUGUGACAAUAUAUCCCCUUUUUUAAAUAUAAAACUUUCCAUGUCUUCCAUUUAUGGUAAACUAUUCUAAAAUUUGCUAUUGUUUUAGACCAUAUUUUCAUUAUUAGUUCUAACUUGUCUUAGAACUAAUUGCUCUUGAAUUUUUUGCUAGCAGAUAGCAGCAACAUUUCCAGAGACUCUGAUACACUAUUGUUUUUCAGGUCAGGAGUAUUUUAGAAUCUUUUUAGUUAGGUUUAAAAUAAACCAGAGUGUUAAAAAGGUGAAGCCAUCUGAGAGAAAAUUUUAAAUAACAAAAAAGUAGACUAUAUCAAAGUGCAUGUUACUACUUUCUGCUGGAAUCGAAGGCAUAUAUCUGCCCCCUUGUGGUUAAUUAUUGUUCCUUCAAUAAUUUUUACCUGAAAUGAUCCAGUUAAUUCCUAACUUUAACCACAUGUUCUGGAACUACUUAUUUUUUACUUAGAAGUCUGCUUUUUUUUCUUUGCCAUGCUGUAUAAUUUGGGUAAGGACUAUAAAGUUGGUGUUAACCUUGCCUUGUAAGUGGAUGUCUGCUGGGGAAUCUUGGCUGUGCUGGAAAUGUUUUUCCACACCUAUUGUAGAUAACUGUUCUACGUGACUUGGUCAUGCAUCAUGAAAUUGCAGAAAGAAAUUUUUCUGUAUCAUCAAUACUAAUUUUUUUUAUUUAAAAAUUAUUAUAAGUCAUUUAAUAUUGGUUCAUGGUAUUUUUAAUUUCUUAAUCUGAAGGCAUCUUUGUGAGGUUUCAAAGUCUUCUGAUUUCUUAGAUUAAGAGAAGAAAACAGCUUUGAAAAAUAGGGCAUAAUUUGGCUUUCUUACUAUUUCACUGUACUUCCUUUGAAAGAUGAGAGAAUACAGUAAUGAAUUAUGUUCUUCAGUAGGUCCUUAACCAUUUUUUAAAGUUUUUGCUUAUGAAAUAAAUUUUUUAGCAUUAACAUUUCAGUAUAUAAUAAAACUAGAGCCUGACAUCUCCUUUAAAAAUUACCUUUAACAGUCCAUGUUACUUUUCUGACCUAUUAUUGGUAAGUUGCAAGUACUACUAUUUCCAUAAGUACCAAGAUACAGUCCUGCACUGCAUAACUUUGUGGUCACUGACAGACCACGUAUACAAGAAUGGAGCAGUAGGCUAUACCAUAUAGCCUUGGUGUGUGGUAGGCCAUGCCAUUUAGGUUUGUAAGUACACACUAUUAUGUGCACUCAGUGACAAAAUAGUCUAACAGCACAAUUGUCAGAAUGUAUCUCCAUUAUUAAGCAAUGCAUGACUGUAUAAAAUUUAAGUAGCCUCUUAUUGACGACAAGAUUUUUGGAUACUAGGAAUUUAAUAGGCAUACAAGAAAAACAAAAUUCAUUUCAAAGAAAAAUGUCUAACCAAAGAUAGCUUGAUUUUGCCCAGAAAACUACUGAAUGAACCCAUUGACAGGAUGGGGACAGCUUAAGAACCAAAUACCGCAAUACUCACUCUAGAUGUUUAUGCAAACAGAGUACUGGGGUCUCUAUCAUAGCAGCCUGGCAGUGUACUUGAUGGUUGUGUGACCCCAAGCUAGUCUCUUACUCUUGUUACAGGCUCCUCCUUUAGAACCUGAGACUUCAUCUGUGGUUUUCACACUUUUGGCAGUGGAACCUUUUUUCCUAAGUAAAAUCUCACACAGAACCCUUACAACACACACACACACACACAUAAACACACAUACUCACAAAAGUCCACACCACUCUAUAAAACUCAUAUUUUAAUAUAAAUUUCCAUAUAUUAUCUAAACUUUAUAUACUGUAAUAACUAAAUAUUAAGUCAACCAGUGAAAGCACAUUAAUGCAUUUGUGAUACUAUUAUAUUAGAAUUUGGUGACUAAUCAAAUCAGAUGGCUUUUUUCCUUCUUUUUUCCAAAAAAUCCCCCACAUUUUUUCAGUUAAGUUCCAUUUAAAUUUGAAGAACCCUAAAUCUCUUCCAUAGAUUCUUAGUGUUCCUUAAGACAACAAUAUGAAGUACAUAAUUUGAACACUUCAUGAUAAAUAAUCCUCUGAAACCUUUUUCACCUCUAAAAUUUUAAAUUGUCCGUUUGGAUUAGGCUUACUAAGUUUAAUUCAGAUUGCCUGAUUUUAAAAUGUUCCUGAAAUUGAACCAAGUUGCUUUAAAGAUUUUUGGACCUUUCAAGGUGUAGCCGAUAUAUCCCCAAGAAUCCUCUACCUUUCAAGGAAUUAUUUAAUAAUGAGACCUGUGACUUGAUAUCGCCCAACCCUUUUUAUUUUACAAUAUAAGCUCUAAGACACUAACUGAUCUACUGUGAAAUAUAAAAUGUUUUUAUUAGCCUUAUCAAAUAAAUGAGCACAGUUCUUUGCUUACUCCAUUAGACUGGGUAAUGAUUCUGUAGAUGUGAAUGUUAGGUAGAUUCUACUGUAAUAACUAAUCCUAAAAGUUGUAAAUUUGUUUAAUGGAUGAAAUGUACACUUUUUAUAUUCUGUACAGCUUUGUCUUUUUAAAAUAUGAAGUACAUAAAUGUACUUACUAUGAUAAGGUAUAUAAUGUGUGCCUUCUAGAACUUGUGAAACUGUUUCAUGAACCCUAAGGAAUUUGUUUUGUAAGUUAGGAAAUUUUCUCUAUCCUAACUCAGUAACAAAGGGUUAAGUUACUUGUGUUAUAAUGCUGUAGAACUUUAGUUACAAAAUAGUACCAAAUAAUGGUUGAUAAUAAUAAUACCUGUUUUAUUCUUAGGUCAAGCUGAUAAAUUGUGCAAUAAAUAAUCUUUAGCAAGUGAAUUUUAUCUAAUUGAAGAGGUUUUUUCUUAUGUCAUUUCAUUCUUACUUACUAAAUGUUUAUAUUCCUUAGAGGACCAUUUUAUAUUGUACUCUGAGAGUUCGUGGAGUUUGUGUCAUAUGUUUUAAAAUUCAUUUCCGUUAGAUUCGAUUUCCUUUAAUCCAAUAUAUAUUGACUGAUAAGGCUGCUUGAAAAUAUCUUUUGAUUCAGUGAUUUUUAACAUUGAGUAGUUGGAUCCAUUAAAAGGUAGUCUAAAGAAUUUGCAUUUUAACUGUUUUAUUUUUUUUCCUCUUCCCCUUAAGUCACUCUUACUUUGUCUAGGACUAAGAAAACUAUUUGGAGAUUAGGGGAAUGAGCUGAUCACUCACAUUUAUGAUGGGUAGCACAAUGACAGUAUAAUAAAUAGCUGACUACAGACUUACGUUUGUUUUCAUGUCUUUUUACCUAUUGAACAGUAAAAGUAAUCCAUAAAA